CGGUUCCGGACAUCAUUUGCAACGUUUUGGUUUUGAUUGUCAACAUAAACAACCUUAUUCAACACCUUCCAACCAAUCAGUAACAAGAUGGAACAACAGUUAAAACAGAUGGUAGAUUUUUUGCAUGAAUUUGAUUGGAUAUAUAAUUUUAAGCUGACAGACUUUUUUAUUGAUGAAGUUUGGGAAAAUAUUCCAGGGGAGUGGGCUGAAUGUUUGCUAUCUUUAUCUCAUGAACAGUUGAACCAACUGCCCUUUGGAUAUAUGAUGGAUACAUGGCCUGUGAGUUUCAGAGAGUUCCUACAGAAAUCAAUUUCUUUUUCCUCCAGCAGAAAUUGUAAAACUUUGGAGACAGCAGUGGAAAUAGACCCUAAUAUUAAAAGGGGAAUGAAUCCAAAGAAACAGCAUGAAGUUUCUAAGAUGGCAGCACUUGUACAUGACCUUGUAAAGGACACAGGAAGUGAUGUCAUUGUUGAUGUAGGCUCAGGAUUGGGUUACCUUGGACAGACAUUAAAUAAAACCUACGGUCACACAGUUGUUGGUAUUGAAGGGAAACAAUCUCACACAACUGGUGCUGAUAAAAGGGUCUGUUCAGUAGAUGGCGUUAUAAAUAUCACUUGUGAGUUGGAUAACUCAGCAGAAAGCAUGGAUAAUUUCAAAUACAUCAUAAAAAACCUUUCUGACCAAGGAAUUAUCCAAAACAACAGACAGUCAAAAGCAAGGGACAUAACUUCUGCUGAUGCCAGUGGACAUAUUGAGUCAGCAGACGACACCCCUAAAUCACACGACAAUUUUAGUCAUGACAUAGGAAUUCUAAAGAGUGAUUACCUCAGGAAAUCUUCAUCAAGUUAUUUAACAGACGAUUUAGCUGACAAUCUUAAACCAUCUACUGCAGAGGAUGAUUGUGGUUGCCAUGGCAAUAAACAUUCUGAAAUCGUUUGUAAUUCUGUAGAUGGUUGCCAUACACAUCAAAGUAGUAACUCAGGUGCCAUUUCAAAAUCUAGACAUAGCAUAAGUUCAAACAAUGAUAGAAAACCGUCAAUCUGUGGUAAUUUUUGCCAUGGUAAUAGACAUACAGAAAAAAAUAGCAGUUCUCAUAGAUUAAAUAUAGGAAGUAUGGAUAAUCUAACAAAUGACGAAAAAACAUCUAAUAUUUGUGAUGCAUGCGCUCUCAGUAAUCAUGGUGAUGAAAACCAUGAUUUUAAAAAUGUAGAAAAGAUGUCUGAUUCUUGCCAAAACUGUGUGCUAAGUAACUAUAAACAUGAUCACACAAAUGUAAAUAAGACAUCUCAUGAAAGUUGUCCUCUUAGUGAAGACAAACAGACAUGUGAUACCUCUGCACCCGGCCAUGAUUUUCCAAGUAUUUUGAUGAUAGGCCUCCAUUGUUGUGGAGAUCUGACACCUACCAUGAUGAAGUUUUUCAGUGGAUUAGAUAACAUCAAAGGACUGUGUUGUGUCAGUUGUUGUUACCAUAGAAUGAAGUAUGAUGAGACACAGAAAAGAUUUGAUAAUUUUCCUUUGAGCUCUAGGCUAAAGACUGUCCUGGAAAAUAAGCAGACCUGGAGUCUUAAUUCUUAUGCUAUGAGACUGGCUGCUCAAGAAACAAGGUCUAGGUGGAGGAACCAGACUACACAAGACCAUGAAUAUCACAUAAAGAAUGUAGCUUACAGAGGAAUACUGGAAGUCUUCAUCAAACAAGAAUCAUGUGACCAUAGCAAGCUAUUUCGUAAACUGACCAGAAAAGGAGAUAUGGCGACAUUUUCAACCUAUGUAGAGGCCAUUGUUAAAAGGACUACACAGAAUGGCUAUGAAGGUAAAAUUGAAGGAGAAAAAAUGAAAGGAAAACUGGAGAAGAUAUAUUCUCAGUAUGAAAAGUAUUUCAUGUAUAUAGAACCCUUUACAGCACUACAAGUCCUAAUGCAACCAGUGUUAGAAACUUUAAUUUAUCUAGACAGACUCAUGUGGUUAGAAGAACACACACAUAGGACAUCUGUUGUAUCAGUAUUUGAUGACAGUAUAUCACCUAGAAAUCUGGCACUCAUAGCUGUCAAAACAUAAUAAAUCUUUAAAAUGA